AUGGAGCAAAAUGUGAAUGUGAAUACAUUAAUAAAAGGAACAGUUGGAGAUGGUGAGGAAGUAAGGUUUUGGAUUAAUUGGUGGCAUGGUGAUUGUGCACUGAAGGAUACUUUCCCAGCCUUAUUCAAUCUGGAGAACCAAAAGAGCGCAACGGUUCGGAUGAGAGUGGAAAAUUGGGACUGGAGAAGAGAAGUGAGCAGCACAAGGGAGCAAGAUGAAUGGUUCAAAAUUCAACAAAUGAUGAAUGGAUUAACAACUUCGGCAACACAGGAUAAAUGGGAGAGGGUCGUGAACAUCGGGGCCUACGUCACAAACACCGCCCAUCACCUCCACCAUUUGCCACCACCACCACCACCACCACCACCACCACCUGCCGUCAUCACCACCCGCCACCAACCUCCGCCGACCACCACCACCACCGUCCUCCGCUGUCCGCCGCCACCGCCGCCUGCCACCACCGCCAUCGACUACCAUCGCUGCCACCCGCCAUCGUAA